AUGGAUAAGGACAGCACAAACGUGGCUGACCAGCAGUAUGAAUGUGUGGCUGAGAUUGGGGAAGGAGCCUACGGGAAGGUGUUCAAGGCCCGAGACUUGAAGAACGGAGGUCGCUUUGUUGCGCUGAAGCGGGUACGGGUGCAGACCAGCGAGGAGGGGAUGCCGCUGUCCACCAUCCGAGAGGUGGCAGUUUUGAGGCACCUGGAGACGUUCGAGCACCCCAACGUGGUCAGAUUGUUUGAUGUGUGCACCGUGUCACGAACAGACAGAGAGACCAAGUUAACAUUAGUGUUUGAACACGUGGAUCAAGACUUGACUACUUACUUGGAUAAAGUUCCAGACCCUGGAGUGCCUACUGAAACUAUAAAGGAUAUGAUGCUUCAGCUGUUUCGGGGACUGGAUUUUCUGCAUUCACAUCGUGUGGUGCAUCGGGACCUGAAACCCCAAAAUAUCCUUGUAACCAGCAGCGGGCAGAUAAAGUUAGCUGACUUUGGCCUUGCACGAAUCUACAGUUUUCAGAUGGCUCUUACCUCAGUGGUUGUUACUUUGUGGUAUAGAGCUCCUGAAGUUUUGCUUCAGUCCAGCUAUGCAACACCAGUUGAUCUUUGGAGUGUUGGCUGCAUAUUCGCAGAAAUGUUCCGUCGAAAACCACUCUUCCGUGGAAAUUCAGAUGUUGAUCAGCUAGGAAAAAUCUUUGAUGUAAUUGGACUCCCAGAGGAAGAGGACUGGCCUAAUGACGUUGCCCUUCCAAGAAAUGCUUUCACUUCCAGACCCGCACAACCUAUUGAAAAAUUUGUACCAGAUAUUGAUGAACUGGGCAAAGACUUGCUUCUCAAAUGCUUAGCCUUCAAUCCAGCCAAGAGAAUAUCUGCCUAUGUUGCCCUCUCUCACCCAUAUUUCCAUGAUCUGGAGAAAUGCAAGGAGAAUCUGGACUCUCACAUGUCAUCCAGCCAAAACUCCAGUGAGGUGAAUGCAUCAUAAUGCUGACUGAAGAUGAACCAUAAAUGAACAAGACAUGUAGCUGACAAAGCCACUGUCCCAUACAAACCACAUAGCUGUUCCAGCAAAGAUCAUUAUUUGGAGGUUUUAUGCACUUAUCUUUUAUUUUGGGAUUGUGAUGUGCUUAUCCAAGGAAAUCCACCUAGUUUACUUUCAUCAGAGCAACGCAAGGGCCAGGGCUUUGACCUGCUCCCAUUGCAGCUUUAUGUUUGUUUUGUUUUUGUUUUGUUUAUUUACCUGGGAAAACUCCAGAUGAAGAGAAGCUGCUGACCGGUUUUGCUGCCAUUUUAUCCUUUUAAUAUUGAAUGCUGCCAGUGUGGAGUAGGAUGAUCGAGUCACUGCCAAAACAUGAUGCAAUCUCUCUCUCUAGCUGCUGAAGCAUGAUUUGGUACUUUUUUAUUAUUAUUAUGUGAUCUCUUACAGUGAUAUUUAAAGAACAGCAUUGAAAUAUCAUAUCUCUGCAACCUGCAGUUAACUCAUACAUGCAUUAAUACAUCCAGCUACUGUUCCUUCAUAGCAUAUAUGCAGGUGCUUCCCCACUUGAAAACUUGGAUGGAUCAUUUUAUCAUUUAAUUGCUCUAUAAAAAUAACAGUGAUGAUGGUGAUCAUAAUAAAUGUCUCAACUUUUAGUUUUUUUCAUACACAAACGGGUUAUUAUCUAGCUACGUUUGUGUGCAUGUUGCAAAA